UUACAUGCCCAGAUGUAUUUACAAUUUCAACUGAAACAAUGACAAACUCAUUAAUAUUUCAAGAAAAAUUAGGUAGCACUUCUAUUCAAAAUAGAGAUUAUUCGUUAAAAACUUAUGAUCAGUGUAAGAAACACUCAAAUUGUCAAUGUGAUUUUUUUGAUAUAAAUAAAAGAUGUGAUAAAUGUGAUUCUACUUGUGAACGAAAAAUUGCAGCUUGGAGAAGAGGUACUUUACCAAAAGAAGUU